UCGGAGGAGAAGGAAUAUUUAUCAUGUUUUGAGUGUCCACACCGAGAACGCCCCCAUUUCUCAAGYUACGUACUGUUUACCCAGAAUUUGGUCUUCCUGUGGUAUGACGGUAUUCCUGUGUACUUCGUCGAUUUCUAGCAAAACGACCAAAAAAAAAAUGGCGACUUUGGAUGAGGCACAUUUUAUUCCUCUUCCKUCACAAACUAAUAUCUAUGGCCUCGCCAGAAUAACUGAUGAUACAGAAUCAACAAAGGUUUUAGUUGGCUCGUUAAAUGGCAAGGUUACAUGCGUAGAAURUAUAAAUAAAUGGGACAAUCCCUUGGCAAGAGAACUUUCUUUCACGUACAUCCCUUCCGGUGAAGCUGAAAUAGUUUCUAUUGAUGGAUUCAUGAGACCAUCUUUGAAUGGCUGCAAUGGUAUUGUUGUUGGCAUAUCAUUUGUACUCUGUAGUAAGAAUUCCCCAGACAGACAAAAACAAUUUCUUAAUAUCUACUCUUCUGUGGAGGAAGGAAAAGAAAAUAAUUUAGACAGUAUAGCAGAGGGAUGUCAGCAUGUUGAGCUUGACUUUGUGCCUUUCCARCUAUGCCAUGCACAGAUAAAGCAGAAAGAAAAAGCUGAAAAUGUAUUUUUGCUGUCUGGUAGUGACCAGGAAAUACACAUGUACCUGGAAGUGAUGAAUGAUGGUCAUCUGACGUUUGAGAAACAGAAUAUUGAGGAAUAUUUUCCUGAAUUACAAAACCUUCCAAGCAAUGUAUUAUGGAUGGACCUAAAGCAAACUGAUGACAAGAGGUUUACAGCCAUUGGAUGUCAAGACGGUCAUGUUCAACUAUCAAUUGUGGAUACACUGGAUGAAACGAAUGUUAAAGAAAAAUGGAGUGUCCAACAUGAUGGACCCAUAACAUCAGUCAAACUUUUUACUACUUCAAAUGAUAAAGAAAUUAUGUCAAAGGAUUAUCAUCUGUUAGUUUGUUGUGCAUUGGAACCAUGUACACUUUACCUGAAUGCAACAAGUCAUGGUUUUGACAAGCCUUUAAUUCUCCCUGACUCAGACCUGUUUGAUUGUGUACUGUGUACUUGUAUUGCCGAUGUGGACUGGGAUGGUSAUAAUGAACUUUUACUGGGAACUUUUGGCCAGGAAUUGCUGGUUUACAAGAUAUCAUAUGAAGGCUCAAUAGAUAUUAAAAUGUCAUGGAAAAGAAGUUUUACAAGUCCAUUGUUUGCUAUUGACUAUCUUGAUAUGACCAGGGAUGGGUUAUGUGAGGUUGUUGUUGCUUGCUUAUCUGGGAUACAUGUUUUACAGCAUCAGCUUGAUGACACAGCAAAAGUAUACACAUCGUACACGUCGCGGGCUCGAAGUAAUGCUCUUCUAGAGGAAGAUAUUGACAGYGUCAGUUGACCAUGCCAAACUCGCGAAGAAGACAUUUUUUGAACUUAAAAAAUUGCAGUGCAAGAAUGUCGACAAUUUCGGUUGCCUAUAAUAAAUUUGSAACCGAUAACGUGACAAGUGAUAUAGAAUUUCAUACGUAAGUGCUACAGUCCUCACAUAAAGAUAAGAAGGCGUAGCCACCACGUGMACACAGRAAGCCUACGCAGUAUAUUUAGCCAAUUGCAAAUGUAAAUUAUAGAACUGUGUAAUAAAAUGCUAAAAA